AUCAAUAUUUUUAACUAUAUAAAAUUGACAAAAUUAAUGAUUGAAUUAAUAUUAUCAGUUCAAAAUAAUACGAUAACUAAAUUUGUAUAAAUUACCGUACAAGGAUUAAAUUCUAAAUUUUCAUAAAAUAUAAAAACCUCUAACAUAAUUUAUCCUAAAAUUAACUAAAUUAAUCAACUUGUGUACUAAAAUGGAAGGAUUAUGGAGCUAAUUUUUAAUUAAUUUUACGUACAAAUUUAAUAAUCACGUACGAUCGAUGGUAUUUGGUGGUGAUGGAUAAAAUUUUUUGGUUAACUAAAUUAAGUGUGGUGAUCCUUGUUUGGUAUACAUGCAGGAAUUGAUGCUUGAAACAGUGGAUAAUCCUGCUAAUGUAGCAGAAUGGGCUAUGGCAGAGAUGCUCAACAAACCUGAAAUUCUCCAAAAAGCCUGCCAGGAAAUAGACAGUGUUGUUGGAAAGGAGAGAUGGGUUCAAGAAGCUGACAUUCCAAAACUCAAUUAUAUAAAGGCUUGUGCAAGGGAAGCUUUUCGGCUUCACCCCAUUGCACCCUUCAACGUUCCUCACGUGUCAAUAGCCGAUGCCACAGUUGCCGGCUACGUCAUCCCUAAAGGUAGUCAUUUCCUGCUCAGCCGAGCAGGCCUAGGCCGGAACCCGAAAGUUUGGGACGAGCCAUUGGAAUUCAAACCUGGGCGGCAUCUGAAGGAUGGUUUGAGUGACAAAGUUGAUCUGACAGAGCCGGAACUGAGGUUCAUUUCGUUUAGUACCGGAAGGCGUGGGUGCAUAGGCGUGGCUCUUGGGACUGAAAUGACUGCAAUGCUGUUUGCCAGGCUGAUUCAAGGUUUUAAAUGGAACGUACCGCCUAAUGAAUCGAAAAUUGACCUCUCUGAAUCGGAAGAUGAUCUUUUCUUGGCAAAACCAUUACAUGCACUGGCUAAACCACGCUUGCCUGCUGCACUCUAUACUCAGCUUGACUACUAGUCAAAUUUAAAAAGCUUUAGUGCUACAAUACUGUACUAAAUAAACUCUAACCAAGUUAUUAUUAGAGGUCAUGAGAAUAAGACAUGUAGUCAUCAUUAAGCGGUGAUAUUCAGCAUGUUUGGAAUUCAAAAUCCAACGUGGGCAACCCUAUGUUAUUGCUAUAUAUGAUUCCAAUUUCCAUUAAGAAUCUAACCAUGCAAGUUGAGUUUCCCUGAUUCAGCCAAGCAGUAGCUUUUUUUUCACCAAUUGGAAAUGAAGGCGCACAUACUUAUACCAAGUGAUGUUCAUAAGUCCAUGG